AUGCUCGAUCCAGCCCCAGGCCCCAACAUUCAGGUUGUGUCUGCUUGUCACCACUCCGCUCUGGGCUCUGAUCCUCAAAUCCAUAUGGAAGUUCAAGAAAGUGGAGAGAUCCGGCUGGAGUGUACCUCCGUAGGAUGGUACCCAGAGCCCCAGGUGCAGUGGAGAACUUCCGAGGGAGAGUGGUUUCCAUCCACAUCAGAGUCUAGGAAUCCUGAUGAAGAAGGCCUGUUCACUGUGGCGGCUUCCGUGAUCAUCAGGGACACCUCCAUGAAGAAUAUAUCCUGCCAUUUCCAGAACCUCCUUCUGGGCCAGGAGAAGGAAGUAGAGAUCUCCAUACCAGCUCCCUUCUUCCCACGGCUGACUCCCUGGAUGGUGGCAGUGGCUGUCAUCUUGAUGGUCCUGGGACUUCUUACAAUUGGGUCCGUAUUUGGCACUUGGAGACUAUACAGGGAAAGAGCCCGACAGAGAAAGGAUGAAUUCAGCUCUAAAGAGAAACUCCUGGAAGAGCUCAAACAGAAAAAGGCCACCCUGCAUGCAGGGCGACAUUUCUGGGAGGUGGAGGUGGGAGACAGGGCCGACUGGGCGGUCGGGGUGUGUAGGGAGAAUGUGGUGAAGAAAGGGUUUGACCCCAUGACUCCUCAGAAUGGGUUCUGGGCUGUGGAGUUGUAUGGGAAUGGGUACUGGGCCCUCACCCCACAGCGGACCCCUCUCCCAUUGGCAGGGCCCCCCCGCCGGGUUGGGAUUUUCCUGGACUAUGAAUCAGGAGACGUCUCCUUCUACAAUAUGGCCAACGGAGCCCAUAUCUAUACUUUCUCCAAUGCCUCCUUCUCUGGUCCCCUUCGGCCUUUCUUCUGCCUGUGGUCUUGUGGUAAAAAGCCCUUGACCAUCUGCCCACCCACUGAUGGGCCUGAGAGAGUCACGGUAGUUGUCGAUGCCAAGGACUUUGCUAAGGAGAUCCCGCUGUCCCCUAUGGGGGAGGACUCUGCCUCUGGGGAUACGGAUACCCUCCACUCUAAGCUAAUCCCUACCCAGCCCAGCCAAGGGGCACCUUAA